CUCGACUCCCCUGUUGCUCAGUCACUGGAACACCGGCUGAAAUGGAAAGGGCCGCUAUCUAUCUGUCUUCUUCUUCGCUGCCGCCCACACACACACAGCCCCGCCCCCUCUGUCUAUCUUUGUGAGGGGCAUGACCACCCACCCUUCCGGACCCAGUCAUCACACGCAUCGUCGCUUGGCGUCUUGUUUUGUUUACAGCGCAGAGAGAGAGAGAGAUCAGUCUUGAGUGCCGCUCACCUCACUUGUGCUGCAGCCACGUUUCUAUCAUCUGCAAACCGACUCACUCACUCAGGGUGUCGCAUGUCAACAAGCGUCUCCGUGUCUCUCUCUUUCGUGUCAGUCAGUCACCUGUUUGUACGUGUCUGCACACCUGUGGAUGGAUUGCACUCCCACGAGGCUCACCCUCAUGUUCUUCCCUAGCGCACGACCCAGCUGGGCCCUGUCAGCAGCACAACACAAACAGCACGGUGUGUGUGUGUGUGCGUGAUCCUCUCGCCCUUCUACCUGCUGAGUGCGAAUAUGACAGGCACCUCCUUCUUAGCGGCCCCCAUCAUCAGACACUUGACACGGUCCUCCAGCCCGCCUGCACAUGAUCAAUACACAUUCUUUGCGCACCAUGUGCUUCCCCUUUACCCCCUUGACUGACCUAGGCUGGUGAUUUCUUCGAUGUUUGGUGCCACCAGAAUGACCUUGAGCCGCCCCAUGGCUAGCGCGCGGGACACCUCGCGCAGGCCAGUCAGGGCCACACGCCGAUCCCUCGCAGACACUGCCGCUGCUGACGCUGAUGCAGAGGAGGAGGCACCCUCAGACUACCACAGAAGGAAAAAAAAAAGACAGAGACGGAUGAACGUGUCGGGGCUUUCUCUUGUGCUGAUCUAGUUAGUUACUGUGGGUGUGGAGGGUCUGCUGGGCGGCAGGUCUGUCAACCUGGACCGGCACUCGAGCUUGCGCACGUCCCCCAGGAAAUGGGCCACGGCAUCGUCCAGAUCAGCACUCAUGGCCUGCACGGCCCUCCAUCCAUCAGUCACCAGACACAUGAUCCAUUGUGCCAUGCAUUUCGAUGCUGGUGGCCGGCCACGUACGUGGUCCAUGAAGGUUCGGCGGUGGUAGCAUAUCCUGUGCGAGAAGAAGCGGCCUCCGCUCCCACGCUGAAGAACGAACGGGACAUGAGGCACGAGACACGAGAGACGAGAGACGAGAGACGAGAGACAGGACAUAUGUCUCUCUGUGUGCGUCCAUGUGUGUCUGUGUUUCGGUGUUGGUGUUGGUGUUGGCACCCGCACAGUGGUGUCAGGCUCUGGCUCCGACACAUAACACAUCUCGUUAGCAGCAGACAUCCUGCACACACCACACACACAACAGACCACACACAGGAUGGCCACUGGACCUUCCUGCCAGCCCUUCCACCCCCACUCACUCACCAUGCCCCGUCGUUCUCCCACAUGUGCAGCCGCAGGUCGUCCCUCGGCCAGUGGCUGGGCUCCCUGCCCCCUCUCACCCGUACCGGCGGCGGCGACGGACACGACUUGCCCGCCGGAUGGUGGGGAUGCUGGGAGAUGAUGCUGUGGAUCGGGUGCGUGGACGGCACCGCCACUGGUACUGGGGGGCCGGGAGGGCGCCUCACCGGUCGCCAGUAGGAGAAGGUGGCCUUGGGGCGACGGGAGGGCGGCAGGGAGGACGACAGAGCACAGUGAUACCCCUGAUCGAUCGAUGGACAAAAUGGAUUGAUUGACUUUUCCCGCCCGAAUGCUGCAGUGCUGGUAUGCGAUGCGUACCUUGUUUCCAGUCCUGUGUUCGUCCUCUUCUUCGCCCGCAGAGGCUGUGUCGCGCAGCGAUGGCGUGAGAAGGACGGAUGUGGGGGAGGCGGAAGGGGAGAGGCUGGCGGACGAGGCGUUGUCGUCGUCAUUGGGGGGGCGGUGGGGAUGUGUGGACGAGGAGGACGGGUGCAGACUGCCCGUCUCCUUCCUGCUCCUCUCGCGGAUGAUAAUCUUCUUGAGCGAUGUCACCUUCUUCCGCCUGAGGCAGUGAGGGAAACAGAUUUACACACAGCCGUCUGGCGAUCGACGCAUAAGUCACCUUCUCUUCCUCCUGAGGCCCCCGUCGUCCAUGUCUCCGUCUGCCACAGACAUGUCCGGCGGCCGCCAGCGGACAGGGCUCCCAUACGCACGGCGAGACACGCACCCGUAGCCCACGCCAACACCCACGUUGGGCACGUCCUACGCCACACACCCACACCCACACAAUCACCCCAUUCAUCCCCCCAUAUUAAUAAAUGGACAGGCUGCAGAAGCCUCCUAAUGCAUUCUUACGUUCCUCUGCUGCCUCCGCAGGAUGAUCGGCGGCGGCGGGAUGCUCCCGCAUAUGCCCAUCUCGGGGUCCAUGGGCCCACCACCCCACGGCAUACCCGGCCCACCUACUCCCAUGCCCAUUCCCAUCCCCGGGCCCCGCCGUGGCGGGGGCGAUAUCGGCGGUGGGGGAGGUCUUGGGAGGAUGCAGGGGUAGGACAAGACCUGCAGGUACGGGUCCAUGGUGUGAAGGCGAUAGCCCUCGUCGAGAAAGCGGCCCGGUGGGGGGCCCGUGUAGAAGGGGUCGGGCGGCGGCAUGUCACGGGGGCCGAAAAACGCUCCUUUGUACGAAUUGAACGAACGCCGACUCUGGAUACAUACGGCACACACAAAGACAGCAUAUGGCUGUGUCGAGGCAAUAUGCAGCUCGCUCACUCACCUCAUAUACCGGCGGUCCGGUGUGUGGGCGCAUUGUGAUGGGCAGCCGAGGAGGGGUGGGCAGCAGAGGUGGGGGUGCCGCCGGGUGGAUGAUCAGGGGGCCGCCUGGGUAGAGAGCAUUCAUGUGGACCGACGGCUGAGGCGGACGGAUGGACUGCUGCUGGUGUUGGUGCUCGUCGCGAUGAUGAUGAUGAUGAUGAUGACCUGCAUGCACACACAUAAACGUCGAUGGAUGUAUCCUCACAGCCCCAUUGUGCUCCAUUCUCACCAUUGGUGUGUGCGUAUUGCGAUGUGGGGGCGUAGCUAUCAGGCUGGGUGUUCUGCAAGGGAAAUGGCCCACUAUCCAUCAUCAGCAUAUCGUCAAACCUCUCAUGAAGCCCCGGCCCGGGCCCACUCCCCACCCCGUCCUCUUCCCAGCACACACACCCGCCAUGACCCCCACCAACACCAACGCCACCAUCAGCCACAGGGACAUCCAUGUCAUAUCCGCCGACAGAAAACCCCCUCCUGUCAGAAAACCCCUGCUGCUGCUGAUGCUGAUGCUGAUGCUGCACAAACCUCGGCUCCUCCAGCAAAUGGUGCCUCCGGUCCUCCCAGCCGUGUCUCUCGCCUCGCCUGGGAUGGCUCGGCUCGUCGAAGGAGGGGAUGUCCUCCUGGAUCGUGUGGAUGCGCAUCGGCUGGUGGUCGAUCAGAGGGCCGCUGUCUGCCGAUGGGCAAGGGAGAUGAUGCUGUAUGUGCGGACGAGGGUUCGGGUGCGAUUCGGGAGGUCUGCUGUCUUUCCUGCUGGGGGUCGAUGGCCAGUCUGGGACGGGACGGCUGGAGAGAGAGAGGGGGCCGUUGAGGUCACGGCCCAUCCGCCAGAUCUCUGAGCGAGGGGGACGGUCAAGACAUCAUCCUUCGUAAGAGAAACUGGUGGGUGUUGUCUAUGGUCUAUGGCUGACCAUCGAGGUACUCGAGCAGUUCCCUGUCGUCGUCUUCAUCGUUGACGCCAGGGGCUAUGGUGGCCCUCCGCUGCAGCAGCGAAUCACCACCAUCCUCCUCGCUGUCAAACGUCGAACGCGACACCAUCUGAGACUCUCACACACAAAGAGACACAGAUUCAUGAGCUGGCCCAGGCCAACAACAGCAUCAUUCAGUCGCGCACCAGCCUGUUGCCCCCUAUGUUGUCGUGCUGGUAGUAUGACUGUGAGGGCGUCGGCUCCUCGGGCAGCGUCGGAGAGCGGGCAGAGGCCGACGGCUCCCGCGAGAGAGUGCCGCCGCCCACAGGGCCUGCAGACUCUGAGAAUGCAGAAAUGCAGACAUCUCGCAAGAAAGCGUUCUUGUCUUUCUUGCGAGUUCGUACCGCUGAUGAAGCACCCCAAGGGAUUGUCCCGGCCAUCCCAGGGCGUCGGUAGGCCGUCGUCGGACGCCAUCGAGCCUCUAUCUGACAUGACGAUGCAUGCACACACAGAGGGAACGAGGCAAAUCAAUCUCAUCAACCAUUGUAGAGUCUGGCACACACAUGCAUCUGCCUGCACACCGACACAUAUAUCUGUGCUGUGCUGUGCUGCUUUCGUGUAAGUACUCGCAGCUAGCUGUGCAGACAGACAAAGCCCCAUUGCCACCACCGUCCCACCUUUUGUCUUACCGCUUCAUUCGGCUCGGCGUCUGCACGACGGUCUUCAGGGCAAAAUCAGCCAAGAAAUGACAAGCUACUCAUUUCCAUAUACAAACACAGGCACGUACAGUACGGAAAAGAAAAGACAUCGUCG